UUCCACGAUAAACAAUUAAACUAAACUAAAGCGUGUGUUCAGCACGGCACCGUUUUGCUCCUCAUACAACACUAUUUUCCAUUUUUUUAUUCUUCAUCUUCUUCUUCCUUGAUUUUUCACCAAAUACUCUUUCCUUUCUCUCUCCAUAAUCCCAAUUUUUUUUCUUCCAUCGUUCCCUUUUACGGUUUCUGCAAAUCCAUUAUCAAAGGGCAACUUUGGUCAGAUAAAGAAUGAAUAAUAUUUUCAGAGAUCUUAAUGGGGAGUCGGUGCCUUCUCAGCAAGACAUACUUAGAUGUCCGUUUCUGAGAAACAUCAAUGAGCCUACAAGUUUUUCAUUUUCCCCUUCAAUGAUGUUCCCACAGCCUGUUAGGGGAAAUAAAGGUCCAAUUUUUGAAGAUGGCCCUAAUUUUGAUAUGGCAUUUAGGCUCUUCCAUGGGAAUGAUGGUGUAGUCCCUCUUUCUGGAGGAUCAUAUGUGCCUCUGAGGAAAGUUGAACCACAGCGAGCCCCAGCGCAGUUUAAUCCUUUGGCUGCAAAGGCUGCUACAAUCAGUCUUUCAUCCUUUGGAGCUGGAGGCCCAUUUGGCUUCUUUGAUUCUUUUUCUGACAAAUGGAAGAAUCAGAAGAAAUCAUCCAACAAAGAAUCUUCACAGGGUGGAAAUUCAAAACAUGAGUCCUUGGGAAAUGAGUGGCUGCAAUCUGGGAAUUGUCCAAUUGCUAAGUCUUACCGAGCAGUCAGUGGUGUCCUUCCACUUGUUGCAAAGGUUUUAAAGCCUCCUGCAGGCAUGAAAUUUACCUGCCCACCAGCAAUUGUUGCUGCCCGAGCAGCUAUAUCAAAGACUGCAUUCGCGAAGAACCUCCGCCCUCAACCCUUACCAGCAAAAGUACUUGUGAUCGGAUUAUUGGGCAUGGCAGCAAAUGUUCCUCUGGGAAUAUGGCGAGAGCAUACUGAAAAAUUCUCACCGUCCUGGUUUGCUGCUGUCCAUGCCGCUGUUCCUUUCAUAGGGAUGCUUAGGAAAUCUGUGUUGAUGCCCAAGGCAGCAAUGGCAUUUACUAUCGCAGCAUCAAUCCUGGGACAGGUGAUUGGCUCUCGGGCUGAAAGAUAUCGCCUCAAGGCUGUAGCAGAAAAAAAACUGGCUCUUACUCAAACUCAUGAAUCUUCUGGCGUGGCUCUUACUCAAACUCAUGGAUCUGUUAGCGAGUCUAGCCAGUUACAGGUGGUCAGUGCAAAAGUCGGUCAUUGUAGUGGUGAUGCAGAGUGGAAUUCGAUUUCCCUUCCUAUGGCAAGGUCUUCUUCAUCGACAGAUGUCUGCUGAUCCUUUCAUAUCUUCGAGUUUUUAUAAUUGAUCUGUUGUAAUGGGUAACUUGGCAGAGUUCAGAUCUCUGUUCUUUAUGGUGUGUAUGAGAAAGGUAAAAAAGAAAAAAGAAAAAAAAAAAGAAGAAAAAAAGAGAUAUAAGAUGAUAAUGAGACUACAUUAUUUCAUUUUCACUUUCUCUUGAGUGGAACUUCCUAUUUCAGUUUAUUCACAUUUUAAUUCUGUAUGAAAUAACCAACGUUUGUCAAGACAAAUCAGCAGCAAUAACUAAAUAUAUUUUAGGGUCGAAUGAGCCCAUUUUCUUAA